CGGAAAGCUUCCUCGGUAUUAACCAACCUACCCCACAUCUCGGCCUUGGAUUGCGGUCCGAGCGCUUCUUUUAUUCGCAUACAAGUUGCUUGAAGAAAGGCUAGAGGAAUUCAGCUUGACCAAAACAGCCAACAACAUGUCCUUCUCAUCAGCUGCCGACUUCGAUAGCGCACUUGCAAGCGUCCGGGCAUCAUUUGCGCGCGGGAAGACCAAGGAUAAAAAUUGGCGUAAACGGCAAUUGCAGCAGGCAUGGUGGAUGAUCGAGGACAACAAAGAGCGCAUGCAGGAGGCCCUUCACAAGGAUCUCAACAAGCAUUUGCAAGAGACAAUGCCAUUUGAGAUAGCGGGCUGUCAUGCUGAUAUCCUGUACAACCUGGAGCAUCUCGAUGAGUGGACACGAGACGAGAAACCGGAGCGGACCAACCCGCUCAACUUCCUGGGUGGUGCAACGGUUCGCAAGGAACCCAAGGGGGUAGCUUUGAUCAUUGGGGCAUGGAACUUCCCCUUCACUCUCCUCUUGGGCCCCAUGUUCGAUGCCAUCGCGGCGGGAUGUGCUGUCAUCGUGAAGCCAUCGGAUGUUGCUACUGCAUGCCAGGAUUUGUUGAUGGAGAUUAUCCCGAAAUAUCUGGACACCGAUGCCAUCCGAUGUAUCUCGGCAGGAGCUAAGGAGAUGGGCUACAUUCUGGAGCACCGUUUCGACCAUAUCUUCUAUACGGGAUCUGCAGCCGUGGCCAAAUUUAUUACUGCUGCAGCAGCCAAGCACUUAACACCCGUCACGCUGGAGCUGGGAGGACAAGGCCCGGCCAUCGUCUGUCCUUCGGCGGAUAUCAAACUCGCCGCCAAGCGAAUUGCAGCAACCAAAUUCAUGAACGCCGGUCAGAUCUGCCUGAACGUCAACCAUGUCUUUGUCCAUCCAUCUGUGCGUCGCGAAUUUGUCGAUCAUCUCAUGCAUUACUUCGACAUAUUUCUCGGUGGGGCCCCAGAGCUGUUACCAAAAUAUUACACACACAUCAUCAACGAACGCAAUUUCGAUCGUCUCGAGCGGCUGUUGCAGAAUACAUCCGGAAACGUUGUGUACAGCGGACAACGAAACAGGGAUGAUCUCUCAUUCAGCCCCACGAUCGUGACCGACAUCGAAAUCGGAGACAGUCUCCUCUCGGAGGAGCUCUUUGGGCCCAUAUUGCCUAUCAUCGACGCAGACCUCGACGCCGCGAUAUCUGUGAUCAACAGCAUGGAUCAUCCGCUGGCCAUUUACGGGUUCAGCCAGUUGCAGAAGGACAAGGACCGAAUCCUGGCCGAGACGUUGUCCGGUGGCGUGACGUUCAACGACUGCAUGCUUCACGUAGCUGCAAAGGGUGCCCCGUUCGGCGGCGUUGGCAACUCCGGCAUGGGCAAGAUAUGCUGGUCUAUAUCUGUAAUGGCUAUGUCUUUAUUCAAUUCAAUCCCAUCACUCAUUAUCCUGGUUGGUAAAAGAUUCUAG